AGGUUUGGUUCUGGAACAGCUCUUCCUCUUUUGAGCCUCAUCUUCGGCAAGGAAGGCCGAGAGCAUCUAUCUUCUCGUCUUUUUCUGUCGCAGCUCCUUGCAUCAACAACAGACCCCAAGCAAACAAACCUUCACUGCCAGAAAAAGAAGAACAAGUCGAUAGUUGAAGAAGAACAACCAGAGAAUAUCUUCAAUGGCGAUCAUACCUUGUGGAAGUACAUGGGUAUCACAGUGGGGAGUUCGACCUCAAUUUAUGUUAAGAUCCUUCAACAUUAACAAGUCAUUGGUGUCUCAAUAUUGUGUUUCAAGCAAGAUAAAAUAUUUGGCAUCACCAAGUUCAAGUUUAUUUUCACACGAAUCCUUGCAUGCAUUGUUUGAUACGGGGCCUUCUCAGAAUGCGCAUCGUUGCAGGGGAGCGCGAUUCAUUGUUAGAGCUGAUACUGACUACUAUUCUGUCCUUGGGGUGUCAAAAAAUGCCAGUAAAUCUGAAAUAAAAAGUGCUUAUCGGAAGCUGGCUAGGAAUUAUCAUCCAGACGUCAACAAAGAACCUGGAGCUGAACAGAAAUUUAAGGAGAUUAGCAAUGCCUAUGAGGUGCUCUCCGAUGAUGAGAAGCGAUCCUUGUAUGACAAAUAUGGAGAAGCUGGGCUUAAAGGUGGUAUGGGCAUGGGGGAUUUCAGCAAUCCAUUUGAUCUGUUUGAAUCAUUAUUUGAAGGCAUGGGUGGUAUGGGCGGAAUGGGCAUGGGAGGCAGGGGUUCCAGAAAUAGGGCAGUGGAUGGUGAAGAUGAGAUAUACACUCUUGUCUUGAAUUUCAAGGAAGCAGUUUUUGGAGUUGAAAAAGAGAUUGAGAUAACCCGUCUUGAGAACUGUGGCACCUGUAAUGGUUCAGGUGCAAAACCAGGGACCAAGCCUACGCAAUGUAGUACAUGUGGCGGCCAAGGUCAGGUUAUCUCAUCAGCUAGGACUCCAUUGGGUAUCUUCCAGCAGGUAACUACCUGCUCAGCCUGUGGUGGGACUGGUGAGUUGUCCACUCCUUGCAAUACCUGUGGCGGGGAUGGGCGUGUAAGGCGGACAAAGCGGAUUAGUUUGAAAGUUCCAGCUGGUGUUGAUUCUGGUAGUCGGCUGAGGGUUCGAUCAGAAGGUAAUGCUGGGAGGAGAGGUGGAGCCCCAGGAGACCUGUUUGUCAUGAUUGAAGUUCUCGCAGACCCUGUACUGAAACGUGAUGAUACAAACAUUCUCUACACCUGUAAGGUGUCAUACAUUGAUGCAAUAUUAGGGACAACAAUCAAGGUUCCGACGGUAGAUGGCAUGGUUGAUUUAAAGAUCCCACCUGGUACCCAGCCAAACACGACACUAGUGAUGGCAAAGAAAGGUGUUCCAUUUCUAAAUAAAAGCAACAUGAGGGGUGACCAAUUGGUCCGUGUGCAGGUUGAGAUCCCAAAACGGUUGAGUGGUGAAGAAAGGAAACUCAUUGAAGAACUUGCGAACCUAAACAAGGCUAGGACCGCAAAUAGUAGGAGAUAGUAGUGAGGAUACCUUAUGUUGACCUUUAUCAUUCACUUCUCCUAUGAUUCCUUAUUCUUUGUCUCUCAUGGAUGUGAGUAAGUUGUUCAUGCAAUAUGCCGUGGGAAAACUUGACUUAUAAAUUUCUUUAUCAGGCUACGUGGAGCAGUAAAGAAUGUAGUUGUAGGUAAAACGUUUGUGUUUGAUUUUGUCCUAUAAAUAGAUGUGUUUUAAGGGAAGAUAGAAGAAAGAGACUAGGUGAUAGUUCUCUUUUGUACUUGUUCUACCUUUUAUAAUUCCUCACUUUUUCUGAUGACUUGUUAGUUGAAAAGAAUAUAAAAAUCAAGCAAAUAUUUAUCAA